AUGGCUUCAUGUACAACCACCCCACCUUCAUCAUCUCUAUUCUUAUCAACACACACAACCAAUUCACAAGACCUCUCUCCUUCCAACCGUUCUUUCCCUCUCUCCAGAACCUUCUUCCUCUCCCCACUCGUUCUCAAACCUCUUCGUCUAACCUACCAAUCUAGGGUUUCCAAUUCCUUUGUUUCUGCACUUGCCGCUGGCGUCGCCGAAACGCUUGAUGAAGACGAAGACGAGGAGGCUGUUCCUAUUAACACUGUUACUGUCGCAAUUAAGCCUAAGACUGGGAAAGCUGCAUUGCCACUCAAGGCUGAUAGGGUGAGAUCUAAGAGAUUCUUGGAAAUUCAAAAAUUGAGGGAGCUUAAGAAAGAGUAUGACUUGAAGACAGCAAUUUCUUUGGUAAAAGAAACAGCUAAAACCAAGUUUGUAGAAACAGUUGAAGCCCAUUUCCGCCUUAACAUUGACCCUAAAUAUAAUGAUCAACAGUUAAGAGCUACAGUAAGUCUGCCAAAGGGAACCGGAAAGCCUAUUAAAGUGGCUGUUCUUACUCAAGGUGAAAAAUUCGAUGAAGCAAAAAAAGCAGGAGCUGAUUUGGUAGGUGGAGAGGACCUGAUAGAACAGAUAAAAGGAGGAUUCAUGGAAUUUGAUAAGUUAAUUGCUUCUCCAGAUAUGAUGCCUAAGGUUGCUAGCCUAGGAAAGAUUCUGGGGCCAAGAGGACUCAUGCCAAAUCCUAAAGCUGGCACUGUAACGUCUAAUAUUUCUCAGGCUAUAUCAGAAUUCAAACAGGGAAAAGUUGAAUACAGGGCAGAUAAAACAGGAAUCGUGCACUUGCCUUUUGGAAAAGCUGAUUUUCCGGAAGAAGAUCUUCUUACUAACUUGCUCUCUGCUAUAAAAUCAGUAGACUCGAACAAACCUUCGGGCGCGAAAGGUGUGUACUGGAAAAGUGCACACAUAUGCUCAGCAAUGGGGCCUUCUGUUAGGUUAAAUAUCAAGGAGAUGCUUGAUUAUAGGCCUCAAUCAUCAGAAUAA